GCGAGGGUGAGCAGCAGCCAUUGUCAACCCACAACAAGCAAGAAAGAGGAAGAGGACAGUCGUGCUGCGAGACAACAGAGGAAAUUAUGAUUUGUUGAAAAAUCAUUUCAGGUUUACUGUUAUAGAUGUAACAGUCCGUAGCGAUUACUUUAUAUUUUGUGCACCUUAUCGCGGGGACCCAGCUCGGCAAUAAAUAAGCAGUAUUUGAUUUCUACUCCCCUGAUGUCUGCUGAGGCAUCUGGUUCGUCGGGUGGGAAUGUGGUGACUGUGUCCGGUUCUGCCCCAUCGUUCUCCAGCCAUGUUGGGGAAGGAAAGGCUGACAGGAGCCUGGUGGGGAGUAAGUACGUGAAGCUCAAUGUGGGGGGAACUCUCCACUACACCACCGUCCAGACGCUCAGCAAGGAGGAUAGUCUGCUCAGGAGUAUUUGUGAUGGGAGCACUGAGGUCUCCAUAGACUCUGAGGGCUGGGUGGUGCUAGACAGAUGUGGGAGACACUUUUCCCUGGUGCUGAACUUCCUGCGGGACGGGACAGUUCCUUUGCCGGAGAGCACACGGGAGCUGGAGGAAGUGUUGAAAGAGGCGCAAUACUACAGGCUCCAGGGUCUUGUACAACACUGCCUCACCACAUUACAGAAACGCAGGGAUGUCUGCAGGGGUUGUCACAUUCCUAUGAUCACUUCAGCCAAAGAGGAACAGAAAAUGAUAGCCACCUGUAGGAAGCCAGUGGUGAAACUGCAGAAUAACAGAGGGAACAAUAAAUACUCCUAUACCAGCAACUCUGAUGAUAACCUUCUGAAGAACAUCGAGCUGUUCGAUAAGCUGGGGCUGCGCUUUAAUGGCAGAGUGCUGUUUAUUAAAGAUGUGUUGGGAGAUGAGAUAUGCUGCUGGUCUUUCUAUGGCGAGGGGCGCAAGAUUGCUGAAGUCUGCUGCACCUCCAUUGUUUAUGCCACUGAGAAGAAGCAGACCAAAGUUGAGUUUCCAGAAGCUCGUAUCUUUGAGGAGACACUCAACAUUUUGAUCUAUGAAAAUGGGCGAGGUUCGGGAGGCAUGGCCCUGCUGGAGUCAGGGGGCGUCUCGUCACCAGGUGUGGGCCAGUCGGAGGAGGAAGGGGCGGGGGUAGGGGGUGGGGAUAGGCGGGUGAGGCGUAUCCAUGUUCGGAGGCAUAUUAUGCAUGAUGAAAGGGGUCACGGACAGCAGACUGUCUACAAAGACUGAAUCAGAAUGGUACAAAGAUGUACUGAAUCAUGCAUGUGAAAAAUGGUUGAGAAAAGAAAGACAACUUUGGUAUGUUUAAUACUGCACUGAAAUGGGAGGGGUGGGGGCUAGUUUAGAAAUAAUACUGAAGUUGCCACAGUGUGGCACAGUUUUGUUUAUUUUUCUGUGAGGUAAAUUUACAUUUAUCUUUUUUCAUUUUUUGUUAAUUUAAUUUAUUAUUCGUUUAAUUUAUUGUCCAGAAUUUUCACUUUUUCAAGUUUCAAUGUGAAAUAAGUUGUGUUUUUUUUAAUGUUCUGAUUUGUUUGUAUGGGCCAUGUGAAAGUUUAUCUUUCCGUGUUUAAUAGUAAACUGUGAUGUAUGCUGA